GCUUUUGUGGGACACAGCCUAACUAGUACCAGUUUCAGAGUGUAACAGUUACCGGUUUAACUAGAGUUGUGGUUCAUGAGGAUGUGGCUAUAAUUAGGUCAAGCUGUCUUGUUGCUAAAUUCACAUUCACCUCCUUAAUAUGGCAGUGGGAAUGAAUUUUGGGCCUUUUUUAGGAUUGCUGUCUGUCUGCCCUGGCAAAGGGCACUGGGAAAUGGUGCCUUCGCUCCUCUCCUCACUGCUGGAACCUAUGGGCAUGGGCACACUGCUGUCCUCUCUCACACAGGGGCUGCUGAGCUGUCAUGGGGAACACCACCAGUGAGCGAGUGUCAGGGGAGCGCCAUGGCUCCAAGUCCCACCGCUCCGAUGGCUCCAGUGCUCCCCACCCCACCAAGGAGCACCCACACAAGAUCAUGGUGGGCAGCACCGAUGACCCCAAUGUUUUCAGCUCCCAUGACUCCAAGAUUCCUGGGGACAAGGAGUUUGUGUCGUGGCAGCCAGAUCUAGAGGAGUCAGUGAAGCCAUCCCAACAGGCUCGUCCCACUGUUAUCCGCUGGGCUGAUGGAGGCAAAGAGGUCUUCAUCUCCGGAUCUUUCAACAACUGGAGCACCAAGAUCCCACUCAUCAAAAGCCACAACGACUUUGUUGCUAUCCUGGACCUCCCAGAAGGAGAACACCAAUACAAGUUUUUUGUGGAUGGCCAAUGGGUCCAUGACCCUUCUGAGCCUGUGGUCACCAGCCAGAUGGGGACGAUUAACAACCUGAUUCACGUCAAGAAGUCAGACUUUGAGGUGUUCGAUGCUUUGAAGGUGGAUUCCCUGGAGAGCUCAGAAACCUCAGGUCGGGACUUGUCAAGCUCACCACCUGGUCCUUAUGGCCAAGAGAUGUACGUAUACCGGCCUGAGGAGCGCUUCAAAUCCCCACCCAUCCUUCCACCUCACCUCCUCCAGGUCAUCCUGAACAAGGACACCAAUAUCUCGUGUGACCCGGCGCUGCUGCCUGAACCCAACCACGUCAUGCUCAAUCACCUCUAUGCGCUGUCCAUUAAGGACGGCGUGAUGGUGCUCAGCGCCACGCACCGCUACAAGAAGAAGUACGUCACCACGCUGCUGUACAAGCCCAUCUGA